CCUCGGUAUUGUCUCAGGCCACACAGGUCUAAGCGAUCAAUCGUUUCCCGGAGCGGUGCACAGCAGGAUGCUACCCAAUCGUUUCGUCGCAAUCAAAUAGUCUCUAGGACGACACGACUUUCGGACUUCGCUGGGGGUGAAACCAAUAUCUCGAGAUCGGUCCAUGCAGUAGAAUACCGCUGACGCUCUAUGCUCAUGAUUGAGCAGUACCCCUGAAAAGAAGAGCUCGGAUUCGUAGAGUGACCACGGGAUCCUCGAAUUAUCAAGACGCCCGGACUUGAGGGGUAUCGCUUCUCCAAAUCAUGGGGGCAGUUCGAAUACAGCGGCUCUUGGUCGCCAACAGGGGCGAGAUUGCAAUUCGAGUCAUCUCGUCAGCCCGAGAGCUGGGGAUACACACUGUUGCGGUGUACACUUCGGAUGACUUGAAUCAUGCGAUCCAUGCCGACGAGGCUCUGCUUCUCAAGUCGCCCGGCGACUUCAUGAACAAAGACCUUCUGAAGCAGUUGUGCCUCGACAACAAGAUCGACUCCGUCCAUCCCGCAUACGGCUUUUUGUCGGAAAAUGCAGAGUUCGCAGAGUCCCUCGAGGCAGCGGGCAUCCGGUUCAUCGGGCCCACGCCGGACACGCUGAGUCGGACCGGAGACAAAACUGAUGCUCGAGGGCUGGCAGAGUCUUGUGCUGUGCCAGUGUUACCCGCUCUCAAAGAGCCCAUCUCCCAACUAGACCAGGCGUCGGAGUUCAUCUCGAAGAUUGGUUUCCCGUUAAUGAUCAAAGCUGUGGACGGCGGCGGAGGCAGAGGCAUCCGUCUUGUUACUCGCCCAGAAGAGCUCCAGCAAUCCUUUGAUCGAGCCCGCGGAGAGUCACCGGGAGGGAAAGUGUUCAUCGAAAAGGCCGCCGUGGAUGGGUACCGGCAUGUGGAGGUGCAAAUUAUCGGCGACGGGCGUGGCCAAGUAUCCCAUCUGUGGGAGCGUGAGUGCAGUAUCCAGCGGAGAUUCCAGAAAAUGGUGGAGCUGGCGCCAUCGACAAUCCAAGACCGGGCGGUGGUCGCACAGGUGAUUCAGAGCGCGAUAAACCUAGCCCAGUCGAUACAAUACCGCUCGCUCGGGACAUUCGAAUACCUCGUCCACGAGUCGAGACCCGAGUUUUAUUUCCUCGAGGUCAACCCUCGCCUUCAGGUCGAACACACAGUAACCGAGGAGAUUGCCAAUGUGGACCUCGUACGGUCUCAACUGCUCAUCGCCCAAGGAGCGAGCAUCGACAGUCUCGGCCUUUCCUCCAACCUUCCAGGAGCAUCAUUCGGCAAUCCGCCAGCAAAGGCCGCCAUUCAAUUGCGGGUCACGGCUGAGGAUCCUGCACAGGGGUUCGCCCUCAGCAUGGGUCGGAUCGCCCAGUUCCACAGCCCUGGUGGCCGCGGUGUCAGGGUCGAUACCCAUCUCAGCGGCAGCCGGCCCACCGUGGUUGGAUCAUCGUUCGAUUCUCUCCUUGCCAAGAUCAUAGUAAGUGCACCGACUCGCGAGGAGGCCAGAGUGAAAGGUUUGCGAGCACUGGACGAGUUGGUCGUGAAUGGAGUGAAGACAAAUUUGUCCGUGUUGCUCGGUACCCUGGCGUCAGCGGAUUUUCAGGCCUCCAGAUGCUCGACGCGUUGGCUCGAGGACAACCUUCAAGAUAUCCGCAAGCUCGGGGAAAGCCUGGUAUCUUCGACUCGGGCUGCAAGGGAAGCUUCGUUUGGUGGAGCCUCCGGUAGCGAUGCUGGCUCCUCUGCAGGGGCCGGCGUUGCGGGUCCAUCCAGCUUGCUCUUCAAGAAAGGCGACUCGUUCCGUGUGAAAUUGAGCGAGCUAUUGGAGAAUGGCGGCAAAGGGCCCGAGAGAGAACAUCUCAUCGUGCUCGACCGCAUUGUGAACAACGACUUCCCCAACCUGAUUGCAGGCGACGUGUCGCUGGUGACUGAUUCCUCGGCCACAAAGAAGAAAUUCACCGCCAGCCUUGCUGCAGCGGCCGCCGGAGCUGGCCUGGCAUCUUCCCACCACCGGAAGGGUGACCCGUCCAACCCCAACCACGUCGUCUUGCCAUUCCCCGGCACCGUGGUGGAAGUGGCGGUGGAGGAGGGCGACCACGUGAAAGAAGGGGAGGUGCUGAUGGUUGUGCAGCAAAUGAAGAUGGAAUUGGAAGUUCGCGCCCCAUUUGCCGGCGUUGUGACCUGGGCCUGCGAUGUGGAAGAGGGAGAAACUGUUGGAGAGGGCAUGUUGAUCUGCGAGAUCCAGCCGGCGAAGGAGGCCGGAGGCAAUGCGCCAGGCUUGAGUGCGAAGUUGUAAUGUAGUUUCAGACACAGUACCUACCUAGGUACCAAAGAAGAUCAACUUCCGAAGACAAUUUCGAGCAGUCGCAGAGGGGACGCCAAAAAGAUACGAACUUGACUCUGCCGCUCUCAGACCAAGAAUGAAAAGAAUCAGUAGAAAUGUACAGCCGCGUCUUCCCUCGCUCUGGGUUAAAUUCUGCCUCAGCUGUUGCAGCGGAGAUGCAUACCUGGGGACGACUUCAGACAUCUCGAGUAACUUGAACAACUUAAAC